AUGGGCCGCCGCCCUGCUCGUUGUUACCGGUAUUGCAAGAAUAAGCCGUAUCCAAAGUCUCGCUUUUGCCGAGGUGUUCCUGAUGCCAAGAUCCGUCUCUCUUCUGAAGCCCUGGAGGCCGCCCGAAUUUGUGCCAACAAGUACAUGGUGAAAAGUUGUGGCAAAGAUGGCUUUCACAUCCGAGUGCAACUCCAUCCAUUACAUGUUAUCCGCAUCAACAAGAUGUUGUCCUGUGCUGGGGCUGACAGACUCCAGACAGGUAUGCGAGGUGCCUUUGGAAAACCCCAGGGUACAGUGGCCAGAGUCCACAUUGGUCAAGUCAUCAUGUGCAUCCGCACCAAGCUUCAGAACAAGGAACAUGUGAUUGAAGCCUUACGCAGGGCCAAGUUCAAGUUCCCUGGGCGCCAGAAGAUUCAUAUCUCCAAGAAAUGGGGCUUUACCAAGUUUAAUGCUGAUGAAUUUGAAGACAAAGUGGCUAAGAAGUGCCUCAUCCCGGAUGGUUGUGGAGUCAAAUACAUCCCCAGCCGUGGCCCUCUGGAUAAGUGGCGAGCUCUGCACUCGUGA